CUCUUCUUGUAAUAUUUUUUCCACAGGAGCAUUUCCUAGAGAAUGCAAAACUAUCAGAAAAUUAUUUUAUUUCCAACUGCGAAGACAUAUUGGUAAGUUUCUUCAAUCAUCCUUUACAUGUCUUAUUUCAAUUUUUAUUUCAUCUACAAGGACUAAUGGCAGUAUUGACCCCAGAAAGUUGCUGCUCUUGUUGAUCAAUUGCCUCUCGGGCUGCAUGAGAAGUAUCUUUUUUGUUUGAGGUAAUAUAUUACCUUCAAACUGCAGGAAGUUGCUUAGAAUAAUAAGUCUGUCCAGUCCAGUAAGCUUUUCUACCAGCUUGGUUGACCAAACAAUUCAGGUAGCAUAUGCCACGAACAACUUGAUCACAUUCUUAUUGUGUAGUAUUUAUGAUAUGCAGUCCAGUUGACAUGGAUGAUGAGAUUUCAGCUCAGGGUCUAACACAGUUUGCAGAAAAUUAUGCUAAGAAAGGCAUUGUUCAGCUUCGAGAAAUAUUUACAGCAGGUACACUUCAAGUGCCAAAGACACAGUCAAAUGAAGGAGCUUGAAUCCAUUCACCAGGUAAUUUUUUUUCUCCCAGUAUUAGCUGAACAUGGACCUUUUCCAUUGUAAAAAAUGCAAUGUCAAUAAAUUCUCAACUCUUAAAUUAAAUGCAUUUGCUGCUAACCUCAUCUUUUCUUUGGGACAACGGAAGCUGCUUGAUCUCUAUAUUUGGUUGAGUUUUCGAUUUGAAGAUUCUUUCCCUGACCACGAGCUGGCAUCUUUGCAAAAGGCAGCAGACAGCAUUUGAGCGCCUUUUUUGUGUGUUGUUUCUACGGAUCUCCCUUCAUGUUGAUAAAUUGAUAUCUUAUGAAGGUGAAAAUGGCUUUGUUGUAGGUUAAUCGAAGAUUUCCUAGAAAGACUGGGCUGCUGGCCGAAGCCAAAUGCAAGAAAGCUAUCUACACGCUCUAGCUUAAACUCUCUAUUCUCCAAACACGUCUACAAGAGAAGGGCACUGGGAAGAAGUGAGAGGGAACUGUUAUGUUCUUUUUAAAAGAGUGGAGAAGAAAACAUCAAAUUGGAAAGAUUUUAAUCCAUUACAAAGACUCUGCUUUAAGGACAAAUCUAGCCCAAUCCAAUGGAAGAAAUGGUUGAGUUGAGACAAGUUGCCAAAGUUCUAAUUCCAGCUCAAACCCAAAGAAAAUUUUCGGGGGUGUGGGGUUCAACUUGGAUUUGAAAUUCGUGUGAUUUUGUUCACUUCAAGACUGUCUUUUCUUAACCAUAAAGAGAACAAUGCCCUGGAGCGAUGAGUAGUAUAUGUUUGACAAUUUUUCAUUUUAAAUUAGGAAAUAACCAAACUUUUUUUUUUAUUGGAGGAAAUAACCAAACUUAAAUUUGUAAAAUAUAUCUUCAAAUUCUUGGGUUGGAGAAAGGACAUUCAAGUUUCAAUUACAUGUAUUUAGAUCUUUGAAAUACAGAGAUCAAAAUGUA